GCGCUUCCGUCGAAAAAAAAAUUUGCUUUUGUUUUGAAAACAAAAAGUAAACAAAAUGAUUUGAUUUAAUUGUUUUAAUUAUCAUAUUAAUGUUUCAUUAACAAUUACCGGUGAGGCAUUUCGACGGUGUGAAUGUUAAUUAGUGACCUGUAACUUAGCGGCUUCUUUGUUUUGUCUGGAGAACGGAGAAAAUAAUGGAUUUGAAUCUAUUUUGGUGAAGCUUUUCAAUUGUAUUUCUUUCACUCUCAUUUUCAGUUAUGUUGUUGUUUCUUUGGUUAAUUUGAUUUUUAUUUCUCUUUUUCUUCUUCCUUUCAAUUAAUUGUUACCUUUAUUUUAUCAUUCUGGGUAAUCUAAUUAAUGACUUUCUUGACAAGUCCAUUGAUUCAUCCAGCAAGUACCCUUGGAGCUUCUGUAAGGCGUAAAUUACCUUUAAGACGAUCAUGGAUUCAAAAGACAAUCUUCAUCCGCCAUGGAUUUUUCAUCUUCAUUUCAUUUACUCUCCUUAUUAUUCUUAUUCUCAGUUAUUAUCUAUCUUUUGGUAAAUCUUCCUACAAUUUAAUUCGUUUUCCACCACAAGUUACCUUCCGGUGCCAUUCCAACAAUUAUGGAUCACAAAGAAAAUCUUCUAUAUCUCAACUGUUAUCACCAUCAUCUUUAUCCUCCUCAUCAUCAUCUCUCACAUCUCAAUCUCCAUUCAAUGAUAUUUAUAAUCAUCAUAUGAAACUUCAUCUUGACUCUAAGGUUUUACUAUUUGUGGAAAGUCAAUAUUCUCAUCUUGGUAAAUUGCUGAUUGAAACACUCGAGGCGACUCGAAUUAAAUUUAAAUUCGAAACUCUUGGUAAAAGUUUACCAGUUUUAACGAAUCUUGAUAAGGGUAAAUUCGCUGUGAUCAUUUUUGAGAAUAUCGAGAAAUAUUUCCACAUGAACAAAUGGAAUCGUGAAUUAUUGGAUAAAUAUUGUCGUGAAUAUGGAGUUGGAAUAGUUGGUUUCAUGCCGAUGAAAGAGGAAACAAUUAUCAAUCUGGAGAUUCCCGGUUUUCCAUUGAUGGUUGAUUACAAUGUUCUGGUUCGAGACUACAAAGUUGAUGAAGAAUCGCCUUUAUUAAGGAUAACCAAACCUGGUUAUCUUCAUUUAGGUCCAAUGUUAACUCACAAAUAUAAUGUUUUCCAUUCAAAUCAUUCCAGUUAUCAACCGGUAACCAAAGCAUAUCUUUAUCAACCCGAUCUCAAUGAGACUUUGCAAAGUGACCAAACAAAAUAUUUAGUCACCUCUCAAGAGGAAUCGAUGACCACUGAAAGUGAAGAGAAAGACAUUUUCUCGAUUCUCGGUGAGACAGUUUCUACUGUUCUUCAAGAUAAUGGUCAUUAUGAUGGAAUUCAAAGAGUCAUCUUUUCUUCUGGUUUCGAUGAUUGGAUUAACCGUCUUCUCUUUAUCGAUUCAUUAUCUUACUUAUCCCAUGGAAAACUUUCCCGUCCACUUGAACGUUACAUUCUAAUCGAUAUUGACGAUAUAUUUGUUGGUGAAGUUGGAACAAGAAUGAAACCGGAAGAUGUUCAAGCUCUAAUAGAAGCACAAUCAAGAUUAAGAUCAAUAAUUCCUGGUUUUCGAUUCAACCUUGGAUUCUCUGGGAAAUAUUAUCAUCGAGGUAAUCCAGAGGAAGAUGAAGGUGAUGAUAUGAUAAUAGCAAAUGCUCAUGAAUUCUGGUGGUUUUGUCACAUGUGGGGACAUUCACAGCCUCAUUUAACGGAAAACAUCACAGCUCUUGAGAUACGAAUGAGAAUGAACAAAGAUUUCGCUCGAGAAAAUAAUAUUCCAAUUGAUUCCGGCUAUUCGGUUGCUCCCCAUCACUCUGGUGUUUAUCCAGUCCACGAACCCUUGUACGAAGCUUGGAAAAGAGUUUGGAAUGUUCGAGCUACUUCAACCGAGGAAUAUCCUCAUCUAAGACCCGCUCAAUUGAGACGAGGGUUCAUUCACCGUGGUAUCAUGGUACUACCUCGACAAACCUGUGGUCUUUAUACUCACACAAUUUUCAUCGAUAAAUAUCCAGGGGGACGAGUAAAAUUGGACAAUUCCAUAUUCGGUGGUGAACUAUUUUACCUUUUCAUUUACAAUCCAAUUAACGUAUUCAUGACCCAUAUGUCCAAUUACGGUAAUGAUCGUCUUGCAUUGUACACAUUUGAAUCUGUCAUUAAUUUUGUUAAAUGUUGGACGAAUAUACAAUUAACUACAAUCCCACCCGUUGAUAUGGCCAAUAAAUAUUUCCAAAUGCAUCCAGGAGAAUCUGAUCCCAUUUGGAUGAAUCCAUGUAAAGAUAAGCGUCACUUUUCACUUUGGUCUUCUAACAAAUCGUGCUCCCAAUUACCCGAUUUCCUAAUCAUUGGACCUCAGAAAACGGGCACUACCGCUUUGUACACCUUCCUAACGAUGCAUCCCUCCAUUAAAAGUAGUAACCCAAGUCCGGAAACAUUUGAAGAGGUUCAAUUUUUCAAUGGGAAAAACUAUUACAAAGGAUUAGAUUGGUAUAUGAAUUUUUAUCCACCUCCAUCCAUUGAAAAUUCAACCACCACCAAAUUAUAUCUUUUCGAGAAGAGUGCAACCUAUUUCGAUGGUGAUCUGGUACCAAUGAGAGUUCAUUCACUUUUACCUGAUGCCAAAAUUGUCACCAUAUUAAUCAGUCCAGUUAGACGAGCAUAUUCAUGGUAUCAGCAUGCUCGUUCUCAUCAUGAUCCAACUGCUCUUAAUUAUUCAUUUUAUGAAGUAAUCACUGCAGAUGAAAAAGCUCCCAAACAUUUACGUGAUCUUAGAAAUCGAUGUCUUAAUCCAGGUUGCUAUGCGACUCACCUCGAAAAAUGGAUCAAUUUUUACUCUCCUCGAAAGUUAUUUAUAAUAGACGGAGAAGAGUUAAAAUUAGAUCCAAUUUCCGUUAUUGGUCGUCUUCAGAAUUUCCUUGAAAUUGAACCAUUUUUCGAUUACAAAGAUCAUCUUCGAUUCGAUCCUAAGAAAGGUUACUUUUGUCAGGUAAUCAACAAUAACGAGACUAAGUGCCUUGGUCGGGGUAAAGGACGAAUCUACCCGCCGAUGGACAUUAAAUCGGAAAAAUUUUUACGAUCUUAUUAUCUUCCUCAUAAUGUUGCUCUGUCCAAACUCUUGAAUCGUAUCCAUCAGAAUUUACCUCAAUGGUUGGAAGAUGAGUUAACAACUAGUUGAACAAUUUAAUUAAUAGACUAAUUGUUUCAAUCUAAUUGCCUAUCAAUGUAAAACAUUUAAUCAUAAUAAUUUACGAGCAUAUCUUUUAACAGUAGAAAUAAGUGAUUUCCAUCGACAUAAACAACGAAUUAGCAAUAUACAGAAACAUUUCAGAAGAUAAUCAACCAUAACUACUCAAUUUGCUGUUAAUUGUGAUGAUAUUUAGAGGAUUAACAAUCGCAAUGAGGAAAAAAAAGACAAUCUAAUUGGCAAAAGUUCUGAUCGUUUAUCAUGAAUCAGACCAAUUUGUUCAAUUGGCAAAUCGAAUCUUUUUUUUUAAUUUCUACUAAUGUUUAUCUUCAUUCAUAUCAAACAAAAAGCAAUCAACUUAUCAACCAAGAGGAGAAGAAGAGAAAAUUUUAACAACGAUUAACUAACCAAGUUAAUUAGCCUUUAGCAAUAAAUUGCUUCUUCGUCUUUUUGUAUUUCAUCAAAUCAAUCAAAUUGUUCAAUCAUUGUAAACAUAAUCACUUGCCAUGUGCCACAAUUACAUUAACUAAAUGAUUAACUUGCAAUCAGAAGCAAUCGUCACCAAUUUUAGACCUACAAUUGUUAUCCAAAGCAAAUAACUGAAUCAAGGAAUCAAUCAUAAUCAUGAGCAGCUAAAAGUUAAUCAAUUUGUUUAAUCAACAAUAAUAUCUCAUUUGUUUCAAUUUGACUUGAAAUUAUCAACACUCAAAUUAAUCACAAUUAACAAAUGUAAAAAUAUCAUCAAACUUAAACAGUCCAAAUCCAAACUGCUACCAUAACUUUCUAAUUUUGUGUUCAAUCCUUAAUUGUGAAUUGAGUUACUCGCCUGAUUUGAUAGUCUCUAUUUAAAUCACAACAAUUAACAAAUUAAUAAUGAUAAAUAAUCUUGUCCAAAUUUUGUCAAUUUAAAAAGUCCAAUUGUCCAACAAUUUAAUCUCCGGGACUUUAUUAAUAAUAACAAAUAAAAAUAACAAUCAUUUGAAAUCAUCAAAUGAGUAACAAUUUACUUUGAUCAUCAAACAAUCAAACAAAACAACAAAUGCAAACAAUUAAGGUAAUAAAAUUAUUAAUUGAGCAAAUUAACAUGUCUAUUCAAAUAGAAAGCGUUAAUUGCUUUCUAUUGGGAAUCAAUUCACCUCCAGAUAAUUAUCACAAUAUCAACAAACAUUAUCAUGAUUAAUAAAUUAUUAAUAACAA